AGUAGCAGCUCAAGGAAUUUAUUUUCUAGUUAAAAAAAAAAAAGCUAAAUAUAAAUUUACAUGAAAAUUUUAAUGCCCAAGACAGUCAAGGGCAAAUGAAGUUUAGCAGCUAAAUCAUAUAAAGCACGAUGUUACCUUUUAGUUAAUGUGAAUGCCUAUGCCUAUCUUUGGCUCAUUUAGUGAGCUGAAAAAAAAUUUUUUUCAAACCCUUAUAUUCAUUUCCUAAGUUUCUAGAAUACCAGAAUACUGACACAUAUGAUUGUACCAUUUCUUAUUUGUCGAAGAUGAUUCUGAAUUUCGCUAAAAACCACAAAGGAAACCAACAAUCCCAACAUUAAUAGUUCUGAUAACCCCACCAAAGAGGAAAUACGAAGAGGAAGUUAAUCUGAGAGUCUGUCAGGGCAGAAGUGAUUUCAGCAGAAGACACUCAAUAUUCAGCCCUUCUGGACACUGAAUGACCCUCAUUUUUUCCCAGUUCAUUCUGGACCUUCUGGACCCUCUUCCUUCUGCUUCAGCGACUGGCUGCAAGGCCAGUAGGAAAGGUGCUUGGAUUCAGAUGAGCAGGAUUCUAGUUGUGGCUGCUCCACGUUCGUUGCGGUGGCAGCCUCAGUUUCCACAGCUGUCAAACGGGACAAUAAUACCUGCCCCAGUUCCUCCUCUGGGACGUUGCCAGCAUCGCCUGAGAACACGCUGUCCCAAGACAAGCCAAAGCCACCAUUACUGGGAGAGUCGCCAACAAAACUCGGCUUCGGUUCCCUCUCCCGGCAAGGCUGGUUCGACCUACAGUCAACAGGAAGCUCCUGGGGCUGGGACAGGAUCCCUGGAUCGGAAGGAGGCCAGACGCGAGCGUUUCUGGACGGCGAUCAGGCUGGUGAUGAGGGUGUUAGUAACACCCCCCUGGCUGGGCUGAGAUUUUACUAUCCACGACAAAGGGUGCGGAAGCAUAGUACUGAAGAGCAAACAGCCAACCCCCAAACUCCUGUACUCCCCCACGAAAACAAAGCCCUCGGCACUACAGAGAGCGGGGCGAGGGGAAAGGAGAAAGGCCGAGGCACCCCACCCUAUCUUCCGCGGCAGCCGAGCCGCAGGUUCCGCGCGUGGGGAGGGGGCGCUGUGGGCCUGCUUUCCGUGUGGAGAAGCGCCUCCUCCUCACGCCCCCUCAGCCUGCGCCGCCUCGGGAAUCCGCCCCGGACCCCGCCGCCAUGUUGGGUCGGGAUUAGUGACUCGGUCUCGCCGCCGACCGGGACGGCUGGAGGGCGGCCCGCAACCCGAAGGGACGCGCGCCGGCGUCGGAAGGCGGGGUCGCGGGAGCCCGGUCGGGAGCGGCGCGAGUUCCGGUGAGCGGGCGGCCGCGCGCGCAGGUAGCCCGCCCCCGCCCCUGCACGGGGGGGCGGGGCCGGGAGUGAGGGCGGGUACCGCGCGGGGAGGAGGUGGAGCGUGAGGCCGCGGGGUUGGGGAGCCCGGGAAUUCCCUCCUGAAGUAGCGAGUUCCCGGCCGGCUGUGCCGUCGUCGCUGCCGCUCGGCGCCCGGGACGAGGAGGUGGAGGACGGAGAGGGCCCCGCGGGCCUCCCCUCCGCCCGCCGCCCCCUCCCCGCCACCCUUCCCCGCCGCUGCGGCGACUCAUACGAGCGCGGCUGGAGCGCAGAUUUGAUAAUGGGCUGCAUUAAAAGUAAAGAGAACAAAAGUCCAGCCAUUAAAUACAGACCAGAAAACACUCCAGAACCGGUCAGUACGAGUGUCAGCCAUUAUGGAGCAGAGCACACUGCAGUGGCACCCACAUCCUCCACAAAGAGCACAUCUGUUAAUUUCAGCAACCUUUCCAUGACACCAUUUGGAGGAUCCUCAGGGGUGACACCUUUUGGAGGAACAUCUUCCUCCUUUUCAGUGGUGCCAAGUUCAUAUCCUGCUGGCUUAACAGGUGGUGUUACUGUAUUUGUGGCCUUAUAUGAUUAUGAAGCUAGAACUACAGAAGACCUUUCAUUUAAGAAGGGUGAAAGAUUUCAAAUAAUUAACAACACGGAAGGAGACUGGUGGGAAGCAAGAUCAAUUGCUACAGGAAAGAAUGGCUAUAUCCCUAGCAAUUAUGUAGCCCCUGCAGAUUCCAUUCAGGCAGAAGAAUGGUAUUUUGGCAAAAUGGGGAGAAAAGAUGCUGAAAGAUUACUUCUGAAUCCUGGGAAUCAACGAGGUAUUUUCUUAGUAAGAGAGAGUGAAACUACUAAAGGUGCUUAUUCCCUCUCUAUUCGUGAUUGGGAUGAGGUAAGGGGUGACAAUGUGAAACACUACAAAAUUAGGAAACUUGACAAUGGUGGAUACUAUAUCACAACCAGAGCACAAUUUGAUACUCUGCAGAAAUUGGUAAAACACUAUACAGAACAUGCUGAUGGUUUAUGCCAUAAGUUAACAACUGUGUGUCCAACUGUGAAACCCCAGACUCAAGGUCUAGCAAAAGAUGCUUGGGAAAUCCCUCGAGAAUCUUUGCGACUGGAGGUUAAACUAGGACAAGGAUGUUUUGGUGAAGUAUGGAUGGGAACAUGGAAUGGAACCACAAAAGUAGCAAUCAAAACACUAAAACCCGGUACAAUGAUGCCAGAAGCUUUUCUUCAAGAGGCUCAGAUAAUGAAAAAGUUAAGACAUGAUAAACUUGUUCCACUAUAUGCUGUUGUUUCUGAAGAGCCAAUUUACAUUGUCACUGAAUUUAUGUCAAAAGGGAGCUUAUUAGAUUUCCUGAAGGAGGGAGAUGGAAAGUACUUGAAACUCCCACAACUGGUUGACAUGGCUGCUCAGAUUGCUGAUGGUAUGGCAUAUAUUGAAAGAAUGAACUAUAUUCAUCGAGAUCUUCGGGCUGCUAACAUUCUUGUAGGAGAAAACCUUGUGUGCAAAAUAGCAGAUUUUGGCUUAGCAAGGUUAAUUGAAGACAAUGAGUAUACAGCUAGACAAGGUGCAAAAUUUCCAAUCAAAUGGACAGCUCCUGAGGCUGCACUAUAUGGUCGAUUUACAAUAAAGUCUGAUGUAUGGUCAUUUGGAAUUCUACAGACGGAACUGGUAACAAAGGGCAGAGUGCCAUAUCCAGGUAUGGUAAACCGCGAGGUGCUGGAACAGGUGGAACGAGGGUACAGGAUGCCGUGCCCGCAGGGCUGUCCAGAGUCCCUACAUGAAUUGAUGAAUCUUUGUUGGAAGAAGGACCCUGAUGAAAGACCAACGUUUGAAUAUAUCCAGUCCUUCUUGGAAGACUACUUCACUGCUACAGAGCCGCAGUACCAGCCAGGAGAAAAUUUAUAAUCCAAGAAGCCAAUUUUAUAUGCACAAAUCUGCCAAAAUGUAAAGAACUUGUGUAGACUUCCUCACUUACGUACAGGAAUCAAAAGAAGAAAAUCUUCUUCACCUUGCAUGUUUUUGAUGGUAAACUGGAAUUACAGAUGUGGUUGCACAAAACCACUUUUUUUUUUUUCCAAGUGUUAAACUCUGAAGUACCAAUGAUGAAUUUUUCAGCUUAUUUCAGGGUCCAAAGAAAGUAUAGUUAAGAUAUUGAUGACUGUGUGAGUGAUAGCAUGACAAUGAAGAGCAACAAGGCUACUGUUUAUGAAUCACUACCUUUCUUUUAUUCCCCAAAUGCAUAAUUAAGAGAAAUUUAUCAAUCAGUAUAGACAAAACUUGGGAGAUUAAAAAGUUAUACCAUAAUAAAAUCUAGAAUUACAGAACUUCAUGGGACCAAACAAUUCCAUUCCAAUUUUUAAAAAUUUCUUGCAUUUAUUAUUCUUAAAAGUUUUUUCUAAGUUGAACAGUUAAUAUGCAACCUUAAUAUAUGCCUCUGUUUGCAUGGAAGUGGGCCAGGUUUUUUUUUUUUUUGGGGCCAGGUUUUUAGAAGCAAAAAAGGAAUAUAAACAGCAUCUAAAACUUGAUUAAAUGUUAGACAACAGCAGUGGAAUUUGAAAGUAUAAUGCACUAUGUUAAUACUCAGUAUACUCAUGGAACUGGAAAGUAGAAGAAAAUUUUCACUUUAAUCAUUUCUGAAUAGCUCAGUUUAAAAUAAUGAAGGUAACUAGAAUAUGGGUUAAUCUUUUAUAAGGUUGCACUGAUUUUUUUAAAGGCAAUAUAUAAUUGAAAUCAUACUAUCCAAUCAAAGGGGAAAUCUUUUAAUCUUUAGAUAGCAUGAAAAAAAAUAAACCCAGCAUUUAAACAGUCCUUUUUGAAAAACAGACUGGUACUGUGAGAUUGCUAAUAUGUACUUAUGAUGAUGGGUGCCACAAAUAUAAAAUAUCACUAGAUCAGGGACUUGAAUGCACUUUUGCUCUUAUUGAAUAUAGACUAACAGAGAGGAAAAUGUAUUUAAAGAAAUAUGAGAAAAGAAAAUGUGAAAGUUUUACAGAUAGAGAGAUGGAAUGUAAUGUUUAAUGUUGACGUUACAGAGUGACAAAAUGGCUUUGCUGGCACUCAAAGCUCCUCACUUAUUUUCUGAGAUUUUAAGAGUUAUAAGGUAUGACUAUAAAGCUAAUCUUUCUUAACAUAAAUACUAAAUGAGUGCUAUAGCCUCAAAAUAGUUAAGGCUUCCCACUAAUUCCAGUGAUACAGCUUUUAUGUAAAACAUUUUUAGAACUCCAGUUUUCAAAUCCGUGUUUGAAUCUACAUUCACUUUUUAAAUAUACUUAAUGAUUAUCAUUUUUUCCCUUCUAGAAUUUAGUUGAUUUGAGGAGGAAAACAUAUUCGGAAAAAUAGCAGUGGUGAAAAGAAGGGGACAGAUUUUGCCUAUUUAAAGUACAGAAGUGAAACGUACAGAAUAAUACUGAUUUUUAUGACUAACUCAAAAAGAAAAUUCCAAAAUACGAAUUUGAAUAGCAGCAUCACUGGUUUAAGUGCCUAGCAAAGGGACUGAAUCUGACAAAUGAAAGUCUGGUAUUUACGUUUUAAAAUACUCUCUUUUAUAGUCACACUUUAAAUAAAGCAACACAUCAGGUCCCAGUAUUUUAGGAACAUUAUUACUGACUACCAUCACAUACCUGAUUUGAUCAUUAAAUUUAAAAUUCUGUGCUGAGGUAUCUAUGUUGAGAUUCAAACCAUUUUAAAAUGUGGCAGAUGAACUUCAUGCAGGUUGGCAACAGUUCUGGUACUAAAAAUUGUGGUGGCUUUCUUAUGUUUACGUAACCUGCUUAGUAUUGAAUCCCUCUUCCAAGAGGAUUUUCCCAAGAAGACUGCUGUCAUCACUUACCUUUAACGUCUACAACCUGUGACAUCAGAGUUUUAAAGGGCUUUGUGUGAACUAUGAUAUUACAAUUUUUCUAAGCAUUUUAAAAAGGAUAAAAUUAUAUGUUUAUGUACUAAUUCUCUUCAGAAAAAUAGGCCAGAAAAAGUUGAUGGUAUUCAUUAGGUUUUAACUGAAUGGAGCAGUUCUUUAUAAUAUCGAUUGUAUAGUUAGGAAAUAAAACACUAACUUAAUGUGUAUUCAGUUUAAAUGGUUAUGUAUUUUUAAAUUGCUGAGAAAAAUAAAGAACUUUGUACAUUUGAAGAUUUUUUCCAACAGCUUUUCUUCUUCAACCUCUUAAUGUGUUUUCCUUACCAAAAGAGGAAGUUGGCAAAAACAGCCUUCUAGCACACUUUUUUAAAUGAAUAAUGGUAGCCUAAAACUUAAUAUUUUUAUAAAGUGUUAUUAUAUUGUUUUGUGGAUAAUUGAAAUAAAAAUUUUAAUUGAAUGCACCCAUUUCUCUUUUUAGCCACUACUCAUACUUUCUCAUCAGUUUUUUAAGAAUUGGUAUUUAAAGCAAAGUAUAUUCUGUUUCUUCUUCCAUUGGGGAAAAAAAGUGUUGAGUUAUGACUCUUGAGCAGAGUUAAAUCAAUUCUUUAUUAAAUUCAGAACAUUAUUGAACUCAUUCUGUGUGGUUAAUUUUCCAUGUCAGGUGAGUGACAUUAUUUUUAUAGGUUUUUUUCUUUUUUUAAAUUAUAUCAGCAACUACAGUUUUAAUGUAUUGUACAGAGAAACCUAAGUGAUUUAAGUGAAGCUAUUCACAGAAGAAUCUGUGUGAAGGGUAUAAGAUAGAAUAACUACUUUUGAUCAUAAGGGAUUCAAUUUUCUAAAAAUGAAAAAUAUGUGAGCCUUAUUUCUGUGUGUGUUUUACACUUCUAUUAUAGGUUUAAUGAAAAUAAGAUACUAAAUUAUGAAUAUCAAAAGCAUUUGUUAUUUUCAAUAAGGUAAUAAUAUUAAUUGCCAUUUACUGUUAUAUUAUCAAAAUUAUUAGCUUUGUUUUUCCCUAAUGAUUUCAGAAAAGUAACAUUUAAUCAACAAACACAUCAUUUAGUAAACAUUUAUUAAAUAUUUUUAUACAGUACAGUAAUAGUUUCUCAACUUAAGAAUGUUUUCCUAGUUUGCUGUUUGCCUUUUAAGUUUGCAUGUAAUUUUUUUGACAUUUAAGUUGUACAUUUGUAUGUUGUCAAAUCUUUUUUAUGCCUAAACAGUCCUUUGCAUCCCAAGAUUAAAUAUUCAUCUCAUCUGUU